AUGGAGAUGUGGGAUAUUGGAAACUACUCUUCAAUCCCGAUUGAUAGUCCACAUAACCUAAGUACAACGUUCAUUUCACCAAACAGUCUUCUCAGCUGUGUUUCAUCUUUCACAUUUCCAAUGUCUGCUCGUGGAAUUUUUGAAGUGAAUUUAUAUAUGGAUCCAGCAUCACAGACCGAUCAAAUAUCAUUUGUGGUCAAUGAAGUGGAAUCAAAUGGUGACAUCGCGUCCGUGGGUAAUACUGCCAUUACUCCAAUGAAUCCCGCUUUCGAAAUCGGAUGGCAUGCAUUGCGAAUAACUUUAAGUGGAUCUGGAACUUUCGAAGGCUAUGUAUCUCUCAUGGGUAUGGCUUCAAGUGACUCAAUAGUUCUUAUUGAUUCUUUUCGUUAUAUUCCACCACAAUACAAUGAAGAGACUUGCGAAAUAUAUCAGGAAGUUCUUGACGUCACUACAACUACACCAAGUUCUUAUAUUAGUUCCACGGUUGAUAGUUCAACUUCCACACCUGCCAUUUCCACAGUUAGCGACUCGAUUACCUUAACAGAAUCUACAAAUUUUCCCACCACAAUCGAGUCAAGUCCGACCGACUCUGAAGCUACUACAUUACAAGAGACUGAUAUUACUACUACAACACAAGUGAAUGAUGUUGUAACGAUAACAGCUUUGGAAACAACUACAAACGUUUAUUUAACGACCGUAAAUGAUGACACACCUGCAACUGAUCAAGUAACUACUGCAGAACAAACUAGUACCACAAUCGAGUCAAAUCCAACCGACUCCGAAGCUACUACAUUACAAGAGACUGAUAUUACUACUACAACACAAGUGAAUGAUGUUGUAACGAUAACGCCUAUAGAAACAACUACAAACGUUUAUUUAACGACCGUUAAUGAUGACACACCUGCAACUGAUCAUGUCACUACUGCAGAACAAACUAGCACCACAAUCGAGUCAAGUCCAACCGACUCCGAAGCUACUACAUUAGAAGAGACUGAUAUUAUUACUACAACGCAAGUGAAUGAUAUUGUGACGCUAACGCCUAUAGAAACAACUACAAACAUUUAUUUAACGACCGUAAAUAAUGACACACCUACAACUGAUCAUGUAACUACUACAGAACAAACGACCACGCAAAUAUAUACUAUGACUGAUGAAAUUUUUUCUACUACUGCUGAUAUGGUUACGACAAUUCAGUCUGAAAUAACCGAUCCGAUUAUAACUACUACUUCAGAUGAAAUCCAAACCGUGACCGAAACCACAUUAAGUGAAAUAGAUAUAACAACUACGAUAUUAACACAAGAAACAAGUUCAGAAUCGGAUACAAAAGGUACAACUUUAUCAACAGUUACUGAUGAUACAGGUGCUCCGUCGAUAUCGAAUACUGAUGUCACAACAUCUGAACAAGCAACAACGCAAUCAACUCAAACAGAGAUGACGAUUUUAACCCAAACAUCGGAAACAGACUAUGAAACCUCAUCACCAUGGAGUACUACUUUUGAAGAAACUACGACAUAUUUUACUACUACAACAGCAGAUUCAGUAGACGAAGAUACAUAUACCACUUUAGACAAAGAGGAAGAGCAAUCCACAACUUCAAUAAAUCCCGAAGAUAUAAUUACAACUACAAUUGUCCCAACAUUAGGUCCCAUAACUGAAGAACCUAAUAGUGAUUCUAGCUUUUGGACACCGCUAGUAAUUGCUAUGGUAGUUCUUUUAUCCCUUCUUAUAUUAAUAUUAACAGCUUUAUUCUUCUAUUAUAUGGGCGAAAGAAAAGCACUAAGCCAAGCACCGGUAGAUGUUUUCACAGAUUAUGAAGAUCUGCCAAAGCCUAUCACUGUUCCCAGAAUAACAAAAAUUCUAGCGGAACCUUACAACUUUAAGAAAACCCUGCCGGUUUAA